AAAACUAUUCAAGCGUAGUAAGAAAUGCAAUGGUUUCCACGGAAAUUCCCUGUUUUUCCUGAGUGCGUUGCACAACUCUUGUUAGAGGGCGUAGAGCAGUGAGGAAGUAGGGGCAUUUGAAAGCUAUGGAGCACGCUUUGCAACUUUGAAAAAUGCCAGAUGGCCCUGGCUCGAGGUGCGGUCCUUCCGCCGCCGCCGCCUCUUCAAACAAUGCGGAGCAGAGGAAGCACAAAGCGCAGCCAGUGCUGCCCGUAUCCAGAGAACGAGUUGAUGUAAUCACUGGAAAAUCCUGGAUGGAAACCAAUGUGUGCUGGGUCUGGAUCAGUGACUUGGCAAUGGUCAAAUGCCUGAUUUCCAGUGUUGUGAACAGAUCUGCAUACAGAGCUCUCCUUGUAAAAAUGCACCUAGUUAAGAAUGAACACGAGAAGUUCUGUGGUAGACACAGGCUUCAUGUCACGUUGGUUUCCAGUUUAAAAAACCAGUAGGCUGGCAAUUUUAAAGGAGCAGCAGCAAAGUGAUGACCAGGUGCCAAGUGUCAGCUUCCGUGAUUCAUCAGAUUCAAGAAGAACUGGAUAAAGAAGAAGAAGAGAUGAUGGUUUUCCUCUGCAGAGACCUUGCUCCUGACUUGGCCACUGCUGAUCUUAAAGAGAUCUUGGUGGCUUUGAAUGAGAGGGAGAAACUGACUCCUGUUGGCUUGUCUGAGCUGUUGUACAGAGUUAAGAGGUUUGACUUGCUGAGGAGGGUCCUGAACACUGAGAAAGCAACAGUGGAAGCUCACCUUGCCAGGAGUCUCAGACUUAUCCCUGAUUACAGGGUACUCAUGGUAGAGAUAAAUGAAAAUCUGGAAAAAGAAGAAGUGGGUUCUCUUGGUUUUCUACUCAGAGAUUAUGCACCUCGUAUGAAAAUGGCAAAAGAUAAGAGUUUUCUAGCUCUUAUAAUUGACCUGGAGAAGCUAAAUUUGGUGGCUCCUAAUCAACUGGAUUUGAUAGAAAACUGUUUUCGAAGUAUUCACAGGAUAGACUUGAUUAGGAAGAUUCAGAAGUACAAACAUGAAGCUUCAGUGUCCUCCGUUCAUUCUCAGCCAGUAUAUGUAAAUGCUCAUCAGGCCUCUCUCCCUAAUCUCAGUCUGAUUGAUCCUCCUUAUCAUUCAGGGAUUCAGAAUGAGAACACAGAAAAAUUACAAAAUGGAACAAUUCCUUCUCUGGCAGAACCAGUUCACAUGUCCAUUCAGGAGUCAGGAUCAGUGCCACAUAAGAUGUGUGAUGAUUCUUACAGAAUGCAAAGUCAACCUUUAGGAAUAUGCCUGAUAAUAGAUUGUAUUGGCAAUGACACGGAUGUGUUGGAAGAGACCUUCAGAGGCUUAGGCUAUGACGUUCAUUGUCACAGAUAUUUAAAUAUUAACUCCAUGAAUCAAACAUUGCUUGAAGUUGCAAGGUGGCAGAAGCACAGAAAUUGUGACAGCUUCAUUUGCAUAUUGGUCAGCCGUGGAAACUCUCAGAGCAUCUUCUGUACAGACCACACCUUCUCUGGAUUCCCUUUGGAACAAAUAAAGAAAUACUUUACAGCAGACUCAUGCCCUGGACUCCUUGGAAAACCGAAGCUUUUUUUUAUUCAGAGCUAUGUUGUGCCAGAAACUGAGCAAGAAUGUACCAGUCUUUUGGAAGUUGAUGGGAAGGGUGAGACUAUCAGUGCUGAAGUCACUAUCCCCCAUGCAGCAGACAUCUUUUGGAGUCAUUGUAAGGUGGAUGUGUCUACACUAGAACAAUCACCAACUUCACCCUCAUAUUACCUGCAUUGUCUGUCUGAACUACUCCGUAAUCCUUAUAAAAGGAAACUCUGUAUAUUGUCUAUCCAUAUGGAACUGAACAAAAAAGUUUAUGAUUCGAAUAUGACCGCUGACCCAAGCCAACAAUACUCACUGCUGCUCCAGCACACACUGAGGAAGAAACUUUUUUUUCACACUUAACUGCUGUUAAACAGUACAUAACUGAAACAGUUAACAAGAAGCAUUUGCUAUGAUGCAAACAGUUUAAGGCAUACUUUUACUUUAUGCAUUAUUAUUUCAUGUAUAUCUAAAGUGCCUGUUGCUUCAAAACACAGGAAUUUAAGCAUUUAGUGUGCAAAGACACUAGAUUUUGUAUUUUAAUAUAGUUGUCUCUGAAAGCUUGGAUGAGAAUGGUAGCUAUUGUAUAGCAGUGCUACAUGUCUUGCUACUGAGUACAACAGGUCAACAGAGUGGAAAUAGAUCUAAACUGUAUAGCUGUUGGUUUUUCCAUGAAAAAGCAGAAGUGUUUUUAUAUGUUUCAUGGGUGGUUUUAACAUAUCUCCAAGC